UACCGUCGACGGGUUCGCUCCGCUCCACUCCGCAUUGCCGCGCAUUUCGUUUUCGAUCUCAGAUCUUGGAUCCAUCCACAUUUCCAGUCACGACACAUAUUUUUUGGUUAGCGGCGCAGAACCUGUUUACCCGUCUCGUGGAUUUUUGGGCAGCAGGUUCUCGAAUCCGGUGAAAAUCCCAUCCAUCCCAUCCACAUCUCAGAGAUAAGCCAAAAAAUGAAUGCGGAAGACCAACAUCUUAAUCAGAAUGGCAACGAAGCCAAUGGAAAGCAGGCCAAGAUCGUUUCGGGAUUGGAUCGACCGCUGAAGACUCCACCGCCUGGUGAACAGACAAGAGCAGUACGCCGUCAAGUCAUCGCUGUUAUCCUGGCCAAUGUGGGUGUUUUCUCCACGGGAAUGACCCUGGCCAUGCCCACUGCCACUAUGUAUCAGCUUAAGGACAUUACGGAGCCAGUUCAUCUGGAGGGUUCACAGUUCACAUGGUUUGCCUCGGUUAAUGCUUUGUCGGCCCCUCUGGGAGGUUUACUAUCCGCGUUUCUGCUGGAUAGAAUAGGACGAAAGAGGUCCUUGAUCGUGCUCAAUGUACUCACUAUCGUUGCCUGGAUAUUAUUGGCUACACCAAGUCAAAGCGACUCAAAGGCCUUCUUCUGGCAGCUUAUUGCCUCGCGAUUCUUGCUGGGCAUUGGCAUGGGACUGGCUAGUGCCCCUCCCGGAGUCUAUGCAGCUGAAAUCAGUGUGCCCAAGACGAGGGGAAGUCUCAUCCUGGGCACAUCCAUUUCAGUGGCUGGUGGCAUCACCAUUCUCUAUGCGAUUGGGUACUGCAUACGCGAUGAUUUCCGACUGAUUGCCCUAAUCUGUUGUGGUUACCAACUGGUGUCCCUGCUCUGCGUUCUACCCCUCAUGGAAAGCCACUGCUGGUUAUUGUCGAAGAAGAGGGUGACGGAGGCCAAGCGAUCACUCAACUACUUCCGUGGAUUUAACAAGUCGGAUGAAAUCACCCACCCUCAAGUGCUGGAAGAGUUCCAGUUACUACAGAAAGCCCUGCAAAAAAGGGACAUGGAGGUGAAGAAGCCAUUCUGGAAGAGUGUAAAAGAACCGGAGGUCCACAAGCCUUUACUCAUCCUGAUGAGCUUGUUUGCCUUCCAGCAGCUAACUGGAAUCUUUGUGGUCAUCGUGUUUGCCGUACAAAUCUCCUCAGAAGCGGGCAUCCAGAUCGAUCCCUUCAUGUGUGCCUUGUUCAUUGGUUUGGCCCGCUUGGUCACAACCUGUCCAAUGGGUUACAUCCUGGAAAUGUGGGGUCGUCGGAGGGCUGGUAUUAUCUCCACCUUGGGCAUGGCUGUCUGCAUGUUUCUGUUGGCAGGACACAGCAAGAUUGAGUUCUUGAAGGCAGUUCCUUAUCUCCCAGUGAUUGCCAUUGUGGGCUUCAUUGUGCUGAGCACCUUGGGCCUCUACACCCUGCCCUUCUUCAUGAUCUCUGAGCUUUUCCCGCAAAGAGUUAGGGGUCCGGCAUCAGGUCUGACAGUGGCCGUGGGCAUGUUCAUCUCGUUUGUGGUCCUGAAGACCUAUCCCGAUUUCAAGGAAUCCGUUGGAAUGUCCAAUUGCUUCAUCUUCUUCGGGGUUAUGGCUGUAUUAGCUCUGAUAUUUAUUUACUGGGCUCUCCCAGAGACCCGUCGUCGUACUCUUCUGGAGAUCGAAGAGCAGUUCCGUUCGGGUCACAGUCGUAAAUCUCAAAACCCAGUUGAUGUAGAAAUGAAGGAGGUUUUUGUCCGAAAGCCAGAGGAAUAAUGUUUGUAAGAAGAUAGAUGUCUCGUUGAGAGAGAUUAAUAUACUUAAGUAGAUCCCGACAAGUGCUUAGGACUGUGAUAGACAAUAAAAAAUUAAACAAACAAAA